AUGGAUAUCAUCAUGCUAGGAACGUGGCCAGAACCUUCCACCCGAAGGAGCCAUUAUGCGUUUUGUAUUUCAUUAUACUCAAUCUCUUGGUAUGUCGGGGAUUUUGGCCCAGGGUUAGCCUUCUCAAGUGAGUGCUUCAGAUAUCCUUUUGACCUUAUCAGGAGUCUGCUUUAUGAUUUGUAUCUUGACCUUCAAAUUUAUAUCAGGCAUCUUUCACUCCUAGAGUCAGCUAAGUGUAUGAACUGGCUGGAACAUAUGAAACUAAUUAAGGACCUUCGCUACUUCUUUUGUCACCAUAAUGGGUAUGUUGUGCCAACCAAGAACCUAAAAUGCAUAUGGUAA